GCGGUGCUGAACGUCCGCCACGGGGUCUGGUCGCACGGCAACGUCCCAACGCUGAAAGAUGGAGGCCCGCAGCCCCAGGGAGCUCGAGGCCAGGAAUUAUUUGGAGAAACAUCGGAUUAUGGAGUUGCUAAACUAUCUCACCAGUGCCCUCCUCUUUUUCCGGCCGGAAAAACCAAGACAGUAUUUAAUAUCUAUAUUGGAACGGCUGAGAAUUGCCAAAAUAGCAGGAGUGGCUUUGCCUUUCUUUAUGGAUAACUCUAACAUUGCGGCUAUGUUUGAGAUGCUGGACUCCUCAAAUAGAGGCACCAUAUCAUUAACACAGUAUAAGGAAGCCCUAAAAACCCUGGGUCUGUGUACUGCAGAUGAAGUUUUCGAAGAUGAUGGACAUGGAAUACCCUUUGAAAAAUUCAGGCAUGAAGUGAACAAGAGGACUCUGGAAAUAUGGUCAGCAUUUUAAUAACAUUAUGAUCUUAGAAGGGUGAUUCCUCAUCUGACGGCACUCUGUCCAAGGAAGAGGUGCUAGAGAGCCUCUGAGAUCAUUUUAAUCUAAAACAGCUCAAGGAAUUCAUCUACUUAUGUUAAGGACAGAAGGCUAGUUAAGUUUCCUCACCUUCAGCUGGAAGUACAUAUUGGAAAAUCUGGUUACCAAAAGCUCUGAUGGCCAAUAUAUUCCUUGAAUUAAUAAAAAGCUAAAAUAAAUUACUAGUAAAUAAUUAUAUUUAGGCAGAUCAAGUAUGUCGACAAAUGGAAUCAGCAUGACGAAAAGAAAAAUCUCUGGGAGUGGAAAUGCUAUAAAAUUGGUUUGUGAUGAUCGUUGCACAACUAUAAAUGUAAUAAAAUUCACUGAGUAAUUAAA